CACUUCUUAAACACCAUUAUCACACUUCUAAUAACAUCUUUCUCACUAAGUAUUCAGACUAUACUUUCUCUCUCUGAUCUUCUGCUUAUUUCCUUCCAUAUUAUAACAGGUCCUAUUUUUUGUUUUCAUUUUUUUGCUAAUACGAUUACAAUAUUGUUUGGUCUGAUUUGAUUUUGUAUGGAUGGACAUUUCUUCUUUUAACUCAACAAGACGAGUAGGAUUCAUUCGAGCCGAACUAGUUUAGCUUAACAGCACCAUAAUGACCGAUAAUCAUCGUCGAUGUGGCCUAGGAAUUCAAUUUGGAGAGACGCUGUGCUACAGGCAUAGAGCUAAUUCAACCACCUGAUCGGAAGUCGGAACCUUCAACAAUUUCUUAACUGAGGGUGAAGAAAGAUGCUGUUUCAGGUGGGUGGGCAGGGGACUCGGCCCACCUUCUUCGAGAUGGCCGCUUCUCAGCAACUCCCUUCCAGCUUGCGAGCCGCUCUUUCUUACUCUCUCGGCGUUUUGGCUCUGAGAAGACCUUUCCUCCACAAAGUUCUUGACUUUGAAGAUGAAUUCUUUGCUUUUCUCAUGCUUGUCCUUGAAACUCACAGUUUGCGGACCACAGAUGCAUCAUUUGCUGAGUCGUUGUAUGGGCUAAGGAGGAGAGGUGUUAACGUUCGAGUUACUAAUGAUAAGAAACGUUUGGAGUCGAAUAAUGGAAUUCAUCACACAGGAUUGGAGAAGCGCCAAAAAAUUCUUUCCGUUGCAUUCCUUGUGAUAUUGCCAUAUCUUAGGUCAAAGCUUCAUGCAGUAUACAACAAAGAAAGAGAGGUUGCACUUCAAGCUAGUUUAUGGGGUGAAGGUGAUGACAGAUUUACCAGCACGAACAAUCUUGAUACACAUGCAUCUUCUUUUGUUUCUACAACAAAUAGCUCUGAUACUGAAGCAACAUCAACAAGAGAACGCUUGAGAAAGAGAAUUCGGAAGUGCAUUGCUAUUUGCUACCCAUGGAUACAUGCAGGAAAUGAAGGGCUUUCAUUUGCUUACCAGCUAUUAUUUCUACUGGAUGCUACUGGGUUCUACUCUAUAGGAUUGCAUGCAUUGGGCAUUCAAGUUUGCCGAGCAACAGGACAGGAAUUGAUUGAUACUUCUUCUAGAAUAUCCAAGAUAAGAAAGCAUGAACGUGAGAGGCUCCGUGGCCCCCCUUGGCUAAAGAAAAUACAAGGUGGGUUACUUGGUUUUGCAUAUGCUGCUCUUGACUAUGCUCAAACUGGCCUAAUUGCUGCAGUAUUUUUCUUCAAAAUGAUGGAGUGGUGGUAUCAAUCAGCUGAAGAGCGAAUGUCAGCCCCGACCAUUUAUCCUCCUCCACCACCACCACCAGCCCCAAAGGUCGCUAGAGAUGGUAUUCCUUUGCCUCCAGACAAGUCACUCUGCCCUCUGUGUUCACAAAAACGAGUUAACCCCUCUGUAGUGUCAGUUUCUGGAUUUGUCUUUUGUUAUUCCUGCAUAUUUAAAUAUGUCUCUCAGGUAAAACUUAAUAAUUGCAUUCUUUUCUUGAUGAAUACUACGUGUGUUAAGUUACUCCAAAGCAGGGGUUUAAAUAUGUAUAAAUAACUUAGUUCUAUACUUUGACUAUAUGCAGUACAAGCGUUGUCCGGUUACACUUACUCCUGCAACCAUGGAUCAUAUAAGGCGACUUUUUCAUGAUGUUUGAAAGUUUUAUCUAGUAUGAACAUCUGAUUUUAAUUAAAGUCCAAUUAUAUGCAUUCCAAGGAUAUUGUUGUCGUUAGCAAUUUUUAGUUUCUCUUAUUCUGAAAAGUUAUUAUUUGAGAAUUUUUGAGUUUGCAUCCAUGUUUACAUUGAAACUGAACAUUGUACCUCAUUUUAAAAUCUUUUGAGUUACACCUCAAAGUCCAAUAGCAGGGAUGCAGAUUCAAAUUACAAUCCAAUGGGGUACAAAGUCUAAAAGAAAUACUCCACUUUUGGUACGUUGAGGUGCAAAUUGAGAUGAUUUAAACCAUGAAACACAAAGUCCAAUUUCCAAGCAUAUAUGGGUUGUGAUUGUGUGAAUUCAUAAUGCAUAAUAAUAUUGCCAAGUGAUUCUGAAGGGAGAGUACCUUCCAAGCAGUGUUUUAAAAUGCAUGAAAAGGUGUGGCCUAAGCGGGCCUAGGCGCAAUGCACCAUCAAUGAGCCUUGCAUACUUGUUAUGUACUUAUGUGUGGGAAAAGGUGACCUGCUAGCCCAUUAGGCCAUUAUUAUGACCUAAAAACGGAGAUUUUUUUUUUCAUUAAUUACAGCCUGAGGCCAUAAUGAAUAAAGAUACAUGGUGGACCAAGAUGAAAGGGCCAUUGAGGUAUUGGCUACACGAAGAGAAGCGGGAAGUAUCAUACCCAAAAAUCUGUAAUAUUACGUAUUCCAUAGUUCCAGUGUGCGCCAAAUGUAAUUUAGAGCCGGACUCGACCCAAGUUCACCAUCAAGAUUUGCUUCAGCUAACUUAGCCAAACACAAGCUGUUCUUUACAUAGUUAUGGUGGUGGUGGUGCGGCUACUGCGGUGGCCGCAGCUGCCUAGUUCUCCACAUGUUGGGUUAGUAGAUACUUGAUUCGAAUGAGUCGUUCCUAGUCACUACACAUGAGGUUGAGAGGUUCCACUCCACAUGUUGGGUUAGUAGAUACUUGAUUCGAAUGAGUCGUUCCUAGUCACUACACAUGAGGUUGAGAGGUUCCAUUCUAGUCAGAGUUGAAUGCAUUUUCUUCUUGUUUAUUGGAAACUUUCUAACUUGUAUUUCUUUCUCUUAGUUGGUCGUUUAGUUGUUCUUGUACGAUGAAAAAUAUGAUGAUACUUUAACGAUGAAUACAAACUUCAAGCCUGAUCGAGCGGUGAUCGGCAAUAACAAUUAUUUUAGCUAGACAAA